UCGAUCUAUUAUUUAGGAAGUGUAGGCAGAAAACGGAAAUUUGAUGAAUUUUUGUUAAUAAACAGUCUGCAUUAUCUUAAACAUAGAUGUAUUCACCUCUUCAUGUAAAGUUAAAUGUUCAAUGAGGAAAAUUAAUAAGAUGGAAUAUAAAACGAAAACUGUAAAAUAUGAACACUUCUUUUUGAAGGUUGUGAACGGAAAAACAUAGAAUAACAAUUUAACCAUUUCAUCUUUACAAUAGUUUAAGGCUGUUUUAAGCAGAAAGUUUGUUGUGUUUUAUUAUUUUGUAAAUCAACUAAAAAUAUUGAUUUAAUAAUACACACGCUUUAACUUUGACGUAAUAGUAAGGUUACGUAUGUUCAGCGCUGUACUUUAAAACGCCUGAAAUAAACGAAAGAACGCUCGGUGCUAAAAACGCUGGGAUCGUUAGUGGUACAUAAACUUGUCACGGAAACGUUCAUAAACAAUGGCAAUCUCGGGUGACGAUGAGAGGAGGCUGCGACGAAACUGGACGCUUCUGAAGACGGAACUUCCGGUAGAGGCGCUCGUGCAUCGCCUCGUGGACGAGGGUGUCCUGGGGCCUACACAGCGGUCCGAGAUCACCAACGUGCUGCCAAAUACACCAAGCAUGAGAGCCGAGAAGUUCUUGAACGCUGUGAUACAAUCCGGAAGUCCGGGUUACCAGGCGCUUUGUCGCUUUCUCACCGAGCAAACAGACAAUCGAUUCGCCCGGGUCACCGAGGCGCUUGGUAUAGCGGGUAAUCACGGUAACAACGCCCCAACAGGACGCCCAGUCACUGGAAAUAAUGCACAGCACCCCGCAGACUCAAGACCGUCAACUGCGACCAGCAGUGGCACUAUCAACAGCGAGACUGGAGAAAAACACAGACGGCACCUGCAGACUUUCCGCUCUGACGACAGCCCCCACAACGUCAUGGGUCAGGCCCCUGUCGCUACGGUCGCGCCCCAGCCGGCCGUGCAUGUCCCUGUGUCCAAUGCGUCGGCGCCACCUGUAGUGACGUCACAACAAAGCAGCAUGGGAGCGGAAUCAGCCAGCAGCACUCCACAGGCCCUGUUCAUUGAGAGCCGCAUGGCCGCCGGAAGUGAGGCAUCGUCAGGUCGAGCAAGCCAGAGCACGAUAUCGCUUUCGUCCUUUAAUUCGGAGUCCACUGAAGAGUUCGGGUCCGCCGCGAAUACCCCACAACAAGCGUCUGUAUGCGGGGAGCGCGAGGCGGCUGUGACACCAAACAACACCGGAAGCGGAACCAGUGAAACCAAGGGAUCGGACACGCCGAUGGACAUGAAAGUUCUUGAGCAGGAACUGGUACGCAUAGCUCCGACCAUUAGAGACUUAUUUAAGAAGAUACAUCAGCAGACGACCGGCGGGCUUCCGACGAGCGACGAGGAAUUGCAGAAAGUGAAAGAGGAGAACGAGCGACUCCGAAAGACAAACAAAUCCCUAAUCGAGAAACUGAACGCUUUUCAGCAAAAGAUCAUACAGCUGCAACUUGAUAACAAACGCCUGAAGGAGAACAGCGAGGCGGGGCGCGUGCGCGGUGACGAGCUGCAGCAGAAGGCGGUUGAGCUGAAAUCCAUGGAGCGGCGGCUGGAGGAGCACCGCGCCGCCUUGGAGGAGAAGGAGGCGGAGCUGAACUCACAGCUUCGAAAGUUGGAAGAGAUAGAGGAAGAGAACGCCGCCCAGCGGGAGAAAAUUGACAAACUCGAGGAGCUUCAGGACGAAGGGAUCAUGGAGCGGAACUUGCAGCAGGAACAGAUCUCCACCCUCGUGGAGGAGAAGGAACGGCAGCGGGAUCAGAUAGACGCUCUUGAGGAAAUGCAGCGCGCCGGCGAGAGCCGCCUCGUCUCGCUGGAAGAGCGUCUCAUGAACCUUGAGCAGGCGCCGCGCCGUCCGGGUCGCCAGAGGCGCGUCAUGUCGCCGCCCCGGAGUCACUGGAUGAAUGGUAUCAUGGACCGCUCGCACCACGCCAACGUCAAGUACCAGUCCGAGAUCAAGUUCGAUCCUCAGAGAAAUGGCUCCAAAAAGACGUCAACUACGGGCAAGGCUGGUUGGCCGUUCAUCUGAUAAACGAAUGUCGAAGGCUCGGGACGAUUUUAACGAAUCCGAAGGUGGCAGUAUCAGUCGGACAGUGAUUUUGAUAUAAUUUUAAAAACAAAAGUAUAAACAGUCGAAACCCCGUUGCUUCGAACUCGUUUGGCUCGAAUUUCCCGAGACUCGAGGUAUUUUCGUCGGUCCCCGGAAGUUCGAGCAAACGAGCUUCGGCUGUAAUUAUAUCAAUUAUGUUAUUCCAUUUCUGACUGAUACUGCCAGUCUGUUUCAGGACUCUAGAUUACCUUUCACCUUAAAUCGUCCAGUUGUUACCAAAUCGGCCAUUUAGCUAAUUUGAAGUUUGUUUGAUGCGAUGGAUGACGUUUUAGAAAAUCUUUGUUAAUCUUUAAAGGUGAACUGUUUGACGAUGUGAUCAUGUAUUGAAAUGAAACAGGUACAGCUGAAACAGUUGUCUAUAAUCUUGCUAGCAAUACUGCAGAUCACAAGUGUAUCCAUUAAUUUUCCGAAGCAGAAACGAUUUGAAAGUUAACAACUAUGACGUUAACAACGUUGUUAACUUUAACAAAUACCUGACCACUGUCACUGGUAAUCAUAAUUAUUUAUUUUCCCUUUUCAUAACGGAUUUCACGGUAAAGGAAGUAAAAUAAUAAAACAACUGCCUACCGACCCGGCCCAUGGGAGUCGGGUAAGCUCUUGUCAAUUGUCACGUAGUUUUUUAUUAUGUUUUUAAGUUCGAUUUUGCUCGGAGAGAUAAAAAUAUCUGAAUUCAAAAUAUUUCUUGCAUAAUGUACAUUGAUAUGUGUAAACAUUGUGUGAACGCGUAUAUUUUAACGUUUUAUUUUUAUGUUUACAUGCUCUUAAAAAGAAGUGAUUUAUUUAGAAGUAUGACAUUGCUAGAUUUUUUUUGGAAGAGUCAACGAACGCAUACUAUUGUAUUUCGGACUUCGAAAUAUUUAUUAAGGUGUUUUUAGCCAAUUAAGAUUUUUAAAAUCAUUUUGUUUAUAAUUAAUGUUAAGAAUUAUGUGUAAACGUGAAAGGCACCAACAAAGAGGUAUUAUAUAGCAAAUAUUUUUUAUUAAAGGUAUAUAUAUAUAAUUUUGCAAAAAUAAAACCAUCAAGA